AUGCCGAGAUUGUCGGGAAUCCGGUUUUCGAAAUCGCCUGCAGCCCUUCGGGCUCAAUGGUCUAAAGCCGUGCCCGUCAAAGACCUCCAGCAAAUCAUCGACCACGACAAUCACGAAAUGCGCGCUAAUUUCCGCGAAUUUUUGAAGCAAGACACAUUUCGCCCAAAAUAUGCGAUUACUCUCAAUGAAGAGCGCCAACUUGCUUUGGAUCGGCUUCAGAUGGUCUGCUCAAAUGACUUUUUGUCCGUCAGGGACUUUGCCACCAACCCACAUCGAAUUUUCGCCGCUCACGAGUUGAUGGCAAUGAUCGAUCCAGCUACCACCACGAAAAUGACUGUUCAGUUCAACUUAUUCGGAGGAACCGUCUUCCGCCUCGGAACUGAGCGCCACCACCACCUUCUCGAUGGAAUCGACAAUUUGACGGACAUCGGUUGCUUUGGCUUGACAGAAGUUGGCUUUGGGAACAACGCUGUAGAGAUGGAAACCACUGCUGUUUACAAUAAAGAAGACGACACAAUCACCAUCAACUGCCCUACAGAGCUCUCACACAAGUACUGGAUUACCAACGGCGCUCUUCAUGCUCAGCACUGCGUUGUUUUUGCCCAGCUCAAUGUUGAUGGAGAAAAUCACGGUGUUCAUGCUAUUCUUGUUCCCAUCAGAGACGGAGUCGCUGGAGCACCCCUAGAGGGAUGUACGAUCAACGACAUGGGUCACCGAAUGGGAUUAAAUGGCGUUGACAACGCCUUACUUUCGUUCAAAAACGUAAAAGUUCCAAGAACGAAUCUUCUCAACAAAUAUUCCGACAUUGACGAAAACGGAAAGUUCCACUCAGCGAUCAAAUCAAAACGCGGUCGAUUCCUCUCCGUUGCCGACCAGCUUCUUUCCGGUAGAAUUUGCAUUGCCGCCAUGUCUCAGGGCGGCGCGAAAGCAGCGCUUUCCGUCGCAGUUCGAUAUGCAAUUACUCGACUUACAGUGGGUCCGACGGGCAAGUCUGACUUCCCAAUAAUGAAGUACCAGCUUCAGCAACGAGCGAUUGCCCCUCUUCUCGCUCGAACAGUUUCUCUUGGCAUCGCCCUCGACGAUGUCAAAGACGAAUGGUUCAAGAUCAACUCAGAAGAGAUCGAAGACAAGGUCAGGGUGAUGAACAUGGUCACGGCUUGCUGCGUCAUCAAGCCUCUUUGCUCCUGGAACUUGGAAAGAACGGCUAGCAUUGCUCGUGAACGAUGCGGCGGUGCUGGUUAUCUUUCUUGCUCAAGAUUUGGCACGAUGAUUGGCCUUGCUCACGCUGCCAUGACUGCUGAAGGCGACAACUCUGUUUUGAUGAACAAGGUGGCCAAAGAGCAGCUCGGCCUUUUCAAGCCAAGAAAAGUCGUCGUUCCGGAAUUCGAUUUGAAAUCAAAUGAGUUUAUCCAUGCGUUGAUGGAGGCAAACGAAGUCAACAAGUUCAUGGCUCUUGGUGGCGAAAUGAUGAAGGCUGGCAAGGGCGCUAUAUUCGAAACCUGGUCGCUCCUCAAUCAGGAUCUUGUACAAGCAGCAGCUCAUGCGUACGGAGAGAGAAUCGUUUCAGAAUCUAUGAUCAAUGCUAUCGCCAAGAAUCCUGCUGCUGCGGACGUCUUGGACGCUAUCUACAAGCUUCAUGCCGUGAACACGAUUCAAAACAAUCUCUCAGACUUGAUCCUCUCCGGCCUUCUUUCAGUUGACAAUGCUCAAGCUGUCCGCGACGAAUUCAACUCUCUUGCGGCUUCAGUUUCGGAGCUUUCUCCCGACAUUUGCGAGUCCUUCGGAAUCCCCGAAGAGCUACUUAGCGCUCCCAUCGCCCGAGAUUGGCAUGAGUUUAAUCAGUAUGAUAACCGUGAUAAAAUGUCAGAUACCGAGGAUGAACCAAGUAGCCAAGAAAUAAUUGAAGAAGAAGUCGGGGAGGAAAUGGAAGUUGUGGACGCGAAGGAGGCGGAAGGAGGCAAUGACAAGGGCUCAGAUUCCAGCGAAGAUUCAGACGAGGACGAAGAGUACGAAGUCGAGAGUAUUCUUCAAUCGAGGUUCGUGAAGAAGAAAAAACAGUACCUGGUCAAAUGGGUCAAUUACUCCGACGAAUGGAACACGUGGGAACCGAUGGAGAACUUGGAAGGAAGUCAGGACUUAGUCGCAGCGUUUGAGAAGAAAGAAGCGGAGAAGCUGAAAAAAGAAGAGAGCGAAAAAGCUGCGGCGCUAGAGCGAAGAAAACAAGCGAAGGCGGAGCGCGAGGCGAAGCGAAGAGAGCGCGAAGCUGAAAAAGAAGCAAAGCGCGCAGAAAGGGCUAAGAAAGAAGCCGAGAAGCCAAAAAAGGAAAUUAAAAUCAAAACCGAAGGCAAGAAAAAAUCACGUGCGAUUAUUUCCAGCUCUGAGUCUGAAGAUCCCAGCGACGACGAAAAGAAAUCUUUCGAAAAACCAAAACCAGUAGCAGUGAAAAAUGAAAAGAAAAAGGAGUCUGACGCUGAGAGGCGAAAGAAGGAGCGAAAACAAGAAGCGAAAAGAAAAGCGCUCAAAGAAAAGAAUGAGUUCCGACGAAUGGAGCUUGAAGCUGAACGAAGGAAGAAUAUGACUAACGCUUACAAAAAUCCUGGUCAUGGGAAGGAUGACGUAAGAGCACCUACUCCGGAAGUACCUCCGGAGAUUCAAAGCGAGCGAACUGAACCUGAGCCUAAGUCGACGGAGGAGGUCACGCUGAGAUUUCUUUUCGGAUGCGACAAAGAAUCUUAUGGGUGGCAGCUUCCUCGAGUUGCAGACGAGUUCUCGCGUAGCAAGCUUGUCAAAGUUCAAAAGAAAGUCAAAUGCAAUGUGCUGAAUUCAAUGACUGUUUCAAAUAUUCCUCCGUCUGAAAAGUCAAAGUUUUCACAUGGCGAAACACUUGUUGAACUAACUGGAACUUCGACCAAUCUUUCAAAUACUGUUAUAGCGGUGAUGCGUGACUUGGUAAAUCAUCGCAAGAAUUUACCUAAGUAUCGACAGGCGGAAAGUAAACAUUUGGUUCUCAGUGUUAUCAUCCGCCAUGAAUUUUGGGAAAGUGUGUUCGGCAAAGGCAACGUCGAAUUCCAAGGUUUUCAAAAGCAAUGUUUUUCAAAACUCGCUUGUGGACUGGAUCUUCCAGAUUCCACGGAACGCUUGGUGCAUAUUCAGGGAGAUGACGCUGGCUUGGCUGUCAGUGUUCGUCGGAUUGCUAAUAAGCUUAUAAAUGCAUAUGGCAAUAACUUGGAAAACGCAAACGCUGACAUUUACGAACCAUACCAGCCUCGUUGCUAUACCUCCAACGGCGUCCAGCGGGAGUAUAUUCUUUCAAAAAUUGAAGCUGCUCCAGAAGAGAGUCGUCUUUCAAUCCUAAGCACAAUCACCAGUGGAAGUUGCGAGGUAGCUCUGGCACACCAGGAAGAAAAUGACGACCAUCUGGAUGACUUGACGUUAGCCCCACAUCCUGGCUUUAACUUUAUACUAACGGGGAAACCAAGCUGCAUCUCAAUCAUGAAAUACUAUCUUGUCGAAGACGGAAUUAUGACGAACCACAGCUUGAGCAAGCGACAGCUUGAAAUCGUCAAGGAGGAAAAAGAGAGAUUCGAUCGACAGAAAGAGGCUGAAAAUUUGAGCGUUGACGACGCGUGCUUUUACUCCCUUUCCAAUCUCGCGUGCGAUAAGACGGUGAAUAUUUAUGGCCUCGUCGGAGACUUCGAUUCUGCCGCUAUUUCCGAGCAUAUGGCGCAAUUUGGUGCGGUGGAAAAAGUAUCUCGAACAGAAGAAGCAGAUAUUCCUAUCAUUGUCAAAUUUGCCGAGUGGUCUGGCGCAUUGGCAGCUUUGAAGAAACGAGACCAAGUCAUAAAUGGCAUGAAAAUACUCGUUAUUCCCUUUCGCUUCGGCGACGAUAAGUGUUCAAGAGUCAGCAGAGCGGUCAUUCUUGAAAACUUGCCUCAAAUGGACGAGAGUAGUUUGUACACUAAGUUUCGAGAAAAUGGCGUUGCGUUGGCUCGCAUCUGGCCGGAGAACCCGAAAAUUGCUUUCGUCAUCUUUUCAACGAUGAAAAUCGCCAAGAGCACUGAAAACAUGAGUCCGAUAACCAUGCAGCCAAUUUUUCAUCAAGAAGAAGGGACAAAACGAGUUGACGCUUAUUUGUUGACAAAUCGAAUUUUCAAAGACCAGUUAUUUACGCCUGAACAGAGGGUCUCUAUUUUCGAAGAUUUCGAGCUCAUAAGGAUAGAGUCUACGAGCGAAGAGAGGGUCAAGUCUAUUCCUUGGAAGGAACCGAUCAAACUUCACAGUGCAAAGCGGCCACAAGAUUCUAGUUCUCUCCCGAAAAGGGCAAAAAAGCCUCGCCCUCCAUCAGAAUCGAGUAGCCACCUUUCCUCCACCGUUUCCGACGAUUAUUUCGGCCCUGACAAGAGAGCAACUGUAAAAGCUCCAAAAAUUCCCCCUCCAUCAAACGACGCUGUCAAUCUUCUCGGCGGCAUUACUGAAAAUAUGUCCAUAGAAAAAGACCGAAAAGUAAUUCAACAGCGGGAAAAAAGGAUUGCAACUUACAAAUCUAGCCGUGAAUGGUUCUAUUUCGUCGAAAAUGCUGACAAUAAGACACAAGCGAGUAUGCUGCCGCCGGAGACGACCAAGAAAUACGAGCUCAAUAAGAUCUUCCAUCAACGCGCAUUUGAAUGGAAGGUUAAAAUCGACGAAUGGGUCGAUAAUGACAAGAAGAAAAAGAUGCGUACGAGGACUCCCGAGCCUGAUUUCAAUGACUUUGAGGAACCGAUGGAAGGACCUUGGGAUCCUGCUAGUGAGGCGCUGAAUGAUUCGAUUGAAUCGAUAGACCCGCCGAGUUCUGGAAUCUUGAAUACUGACGAUCCCCAAGAGCCUCAUCAAGAAAUGAACCAGUUCGAAAUGGUCGACACAAUUGAAGACGAUCCCUUCGAUGCAUCUCCGAUGAAUCCACCCGCGGCUCCAAUGUCAACCUCUUCUGGAUAUCAAUCUGGAUCAGCGGGUAGCUCUGGAGGAUGGAAUCUCGGUUCAACCAAUUCCAGAUCGAGGAGCGUCUCGAAAAAGCCUUCUCCUUCGCCACAUGUCGGGCAAUUCAUUCCCAAUCGCCGACAGAGAGGUAAAGCCAAACAGCAAGAGAAGAAAAACGACAUGAAUCUUACUCCCUCACAACUGAGCAAAAUAAAUAUCGGCAGCAAUUUGGCGGCUACACUCAAAGCUCUUGGCCAAAAUCGUAAUAUUUUGGAAAAUCUUAGAAAUCAGCCGAUAGAGGAAGAGGCUCCAGAAACCGAUCCGAUUGCCAGUCUCUCUGCCAAUCCGCCUCAAGAAAUUCGAAAAAUUCUUAGAAAUCUGAAGCUGGGAAAGUCUGAUUUGGAUCUGCUGCUGAAUAUACCACUGAAAGUGAUGACUGAGCAUAAUGUGUACGCACUGAUUGAUAGCAAGCAUGGAGAUAGAGAUCACGUUAACGAUAAAGACCCUGGAAAACUGAUAUCGCUGAUAAAGAUGUAUUUGACGCCGCCUGAUGAAUCCGAAGAUUACAAAUCAGAGAGACACUCCCCAGAAGAGAGGCCCAAAAUAAGAGAUGAAGAUGAAAUUUACAAGUGCGUCGAAUUCCGCGAAAUUCUCCAGAGCAGUUUAAAGCUUCUCGCUCGAGGAAAAGCAAUCAUGACGGAGAUUUACGACAUAAACUCCAUCGAGCUUGAAGCUGGAGCGGACUUUUAA